AUCAGACUGCAAUUGCGCACAUAGCUGGCCAGCCAGAGCCUGCUGGAACCCUUGCUUGACUUUCUAUGGCUCGAUCCAGAAAAUCCAAGCACGCAUCAACGCGACAGCGACCCGAGCUGAGCCGAGGCGCCCCGCCUCAUCUCACCUUGCCUCUUUCGUCCUCAUCUUGAUCGGCCUCUCCGUGAAGGAAGCCAAGACCAAGACUCUCUCUCCUCCCUUCCCGCUGUAAUUUAAGCUCCCUUGCCCUGCCCCUCCAUUUCUACCCCUAGUUUCAUUGCGGUGCUCUUGGACGAACAAGCAGUUUGGUCCUUCCUUGUCGAAUCGUGUUCUACUGUUCUCUCUCUACUCCCGUUUCGGCUUCUCAGAUUCCUAGGCUGGUAGGUACUCCUUAUGGGGAGGGCCGCAGCCGUGGCGGCAGCUAUGAUGGUGCUCUUGCUGCUCUCUACAGCCUCACAUGGAACACGGAGAGAACCCAGUGUCAAGAACAGUGGCCAGGCACCAUUUGUUUUUAACUAUACUCUAGCUAAGACAAUUGUGGAAUAUGCUUCAGCUGUGUAUAUGACGGAUCUAACAGCUCUAUAUACAUGGACAUGCUCAAGAUGCAAUGACUUGGUUCAAGGGUUUGAGGUUAGAUGUAUAAUUGUUGAUGUCCAGAACUGCUUGCAGGCAUUCAUUGGUGUUGAUCAUAAUCUCAAUGCUAUCGUUGUUGCAAUCAGGGGAACUCAAGUGAACAGUGUGCAGAACUGGAUUAAGGACUUGGUAUGGAAGCAGGUUAAUUUCAACUAUCCAAACAUGCCCAAUGCAAAGGUCCACACUGGAUUUUACUCCACUUACAAUAAUACACUUUUACGCCCAGCUAUCACAAAUGCUGUUCGCAAAGCAAGGAAAUUAUACGGAGAUAUCAGCAUAAUAGUUACAGGGCAUUCUAUGGGUGGAGCGAUGGCUUCUUUUUGUGCACUUGAUCUUGCUAUCAGGCUUGGAAGUGACAAUGUUCAUCUCAUGACUUUUGGGCAACCACGUAUUGGCAAUGCUGUUUUUGCCUCAUACUUUGCCAAAUAUGUACCCAACACAAUUCGAGUGACCCAUGAGCAUGAUAUUGUGCCUCAUUUGCCCCCUUAUUUCUUCUUCCUCCCACACCUGACAUACCGCCACUUCCCUAGAGAGGUAUGGGAGCAUGACGUUGAUGGCAACAAAACCUUUCAAGUCUGCGAUGGCAGCGGCGAAGAUCCGAACUGUAGCAGGAGUGUGUUUGCGUUGUUCUUGAGCGCCACAGACCAUCUGACCUACAUGGGUGUCGAGAUAGCAGCAGAUGACUGGAGCACCUGCAGAAUUGUCAUGGCGCAAAGCGUCGAGCGACUCCGGUCGAAUCUUGCGGGCAACGCUAUCGCGCCAAAGAACCCUGUGGAUGUCGUCAUUGUAGAUCAUGCUGUGCAGAUUGGUAGAAGCAGUUCCAGCUAGUCAUUCUUUGCACAUUCAGUCUGGUGCUGUAUAUAGUGUUUGUUAGAAUUUCCACGGUUUCAUUCUUUCAGCCAAUAGGAUAAUUUCAUUUAUUUGUUCUGGCUAUGGUGGAUAUGUGGUUCAUUCAUGUGUAGCUUGUGAAUUUAGAGAGCAGUGCAUGUAAAUAAAUACUGAAGUGUCAUAGCGACUGAAGUAGCCUGAAAGACCAAUCUGGGUGGUGAUGAUUUAUUUUAUUUUUAAAAA